CCUCUUCUAACCAAGUGUCACUUUAUUUUUGACUUUUAGCUGACGUGUUGGUGUUAAUUCGACCAAAAGCAAAUUAUUGAAAUCUUAGGGAUUUUUAGCUGGUUCUAUAAAAAUCUUUACACGUAUUUUCCAAGAUAAAAGCUAAAAAUUAACAAAGUUAAAUAUUGCGAUAAUUCAGUUUAUGGAACAUUAGAAAUAACAACGGAGAAAUUGAAAAUCAUACAAAGUAAUAGCCAUGGCCUUGCUAACAAUGAUAGCCCGAGUCAUUGAUGGUUUGCCUCUAGUGGGCACUAUGCAAGACGACGAACAGACGGGGCGUAGCAUAAUUGAAUAUCAAAAUCAAGCCAAAAUGUUGUUUCGAAAAUUGAGUUCACAUUCGCCGGCACGGUGCAGCAUUGAAACUGGUCCUUAUCUAUUUCACUAUUUGAUCGAAAAUGAUGUUUGCUAUCUGGUUAUGUGUGAUAAAAUGUAUUCUAAGCGAUUGGCAUUCAAUUUCUUAGAAGAUUUAGCUCAAGAGUUUCAUGCAAAUUAUGGACGUAAAGUGAAUUCCGUAACAAGACCAUACGCUUUCAUAGAGUUCGAUGUUUAUAUACAAAAAGCCAAAAAACAGUUAACAGACCGUAGACGUAAUAUCAAUACCAUCAACACACAACUGCAGGAUGUGCAACGUAUAAUGGUACAAAAUAUCGAUGACGUUCUACAACGUGGUACGGUCUUAUCUGAAUUAGAUACAAAGACACAAAACCUUUCCAUGAUGUCACAGAAAUAUAAGAAAGAUGCUACCUAUUUAAAUCGUAAAUCAAUGUAUGUGAAAGCAGCUGCUGCUGGUCUUAUUUUAUUUAUAAUUGUACUAUAUUUCUGGGUUUUGUAAUAACAACUGCACUAAUAUACAUAAUUAAUACUUAAUACGAUAACAAAGGGAAAAAGUUAUGAGAGCUGCUAAGUGUAUAUGUAGCAGAUAAUU